AUGGACAACCAGAACCAUGCUCAGAAUUCCUCUCCCAGAGUUUUUCUCAGAGUCUCCCAGCCAACGUCCACUAAGGUUCCAGCCUGGCAACACAGGGAGUCUCACAGCCAACGUUCACUAAGGUUCCAGCGUUCCAGCCUGGCAACACAGGGAGUAUCCCAGCCAACGUCCACUAAAGGUUCCAGCCUGGCAACACAGGGAGUCUCCAAGCCAGCGUCCACUAAGGUUCCAGCCUGGCAACAGGGAGUCUCCCAGCCAACAUCCACUAAAGGUUCCAGCCUGGCAACACAGGGAGUCUCACAGCCAACGUCCACUAAAGGUUCCAGCCUGGCAACACAGAAAGUCUCCCAGCAAACGUUCACUAAGGUUCCAGCCCUGGCAACACAGGGAGUCUCCCAGCCAACGUCCACUAAAGGUUCCAGCCUGGCAACACAGGGAGUCUCCCAGCCAACAUCCACUAAAGGUUCCAGCCUGGCAACACAGGGAGUCUCCCAGCCAACGUCCACUAAAGGUUCCAGCCUGGGAAGGUUGAAACCACACCACACCACAGACCCAGUACCACCACAGACCCAGUACCACACCACAGACCCAGUACCACACCACAGACCCAGUACCACCACAGACCCAGUACCACACCACAGACCCAGUACCACCACAGACCCAGUACCACCACAGACCCAGUACCACACCACAGACCCAGUACCACCACAGACCCAGUACCACACCACAGACCCAGUACCACCACAGACCCAGUACCACACCACAGACCCAGUACCACCACAGACCCAGUACCACAUCACAGACCCAGUACCACCACAGACCCAGUACCACCACAGACCCAGUACCACACCACAGACCCAGUACCACCACAGACCCAGUACCACCACAGACCCAGUACCACCACAGACCCAGUACCACAUCACAGACCCAGUACCACCACAGACCCAGUACCACCACAGACCCAGUACCACCACAGACCCAGUACCACAUCACAGAUCCAGUACCACCACAGACCCAGUACCACCACAGACCCAGUACCACCACAGACCCAGUACCACCACAGACCCUCAACCUUCAGGACAGACCCAGUACCACCACAGACCCAGUACCACCACAGACCCAGUACCACCACAGACCCAGUACCACCACAGACCCAGUACCACCAUAGACCCUCAACAUCCACCACAGACCCUCAACCUUCAGGACAGACCCAGUACCACCACAGACCCAGUACCACCACAGACCCAGUACCACCACAGACCCAGUACCACCACAGACCCAGUACCACCACAGACCCUCAACGUCCACCACAGACCCAGUACCACCACCGACCCUCAACCUCCAGGACAGAGCCAGUACCACCACAGACCCUCAACCUCCAGGACAGAACCAGUACCACCACAGACCCAGAAUCACCACAGACCCUCAACUUCCAGGACAGAACCAGUACCACCACAGACCCAGUACCACCACAGACCCAGUACCACCACAGACCCAGGACAACCACAGACCCAGUACCACCACAGACCCAGUACCACCACAGACCCAGUACCACCACAGACCCUCAAACUCCACCACAGACCCAGUACCACCACAGACCCUCAACUUCCAGGACAGAACCAGUACCACCACAGACCCAGUACCACCACAGACCCUCAAACUCCACCACAGACCCAGUACCACCACAGACCCUCAACUUCCAGGACAGAACCAGUACCACCACAGACCCAGUACCACCACAGACCCUCAACCUCCACCACAGACCCAGUACCACCACAGACCCUCAACCUCCACCACAGACCCAGUACCACCACAGACCCUCAACUUCCAGGACAGAACCAGUACCAUCACAGACCCAGUACCACCACAGACCCAGUACCACCACAGACCCAGUACCACCACAGACCCUCAACCUCCACCACAGACCCAGUACCACCACAGACCCUCAACCUCCAGGACAGACCCAGUACCACCAGACCCAGUACCACCACAGACCCUCAACCUCCACCACAGACCCAGUACCACACCACAGACCCUCAAACUCCACCACAGACCCAGAAUCACCACAGACCCAGUACCACCACAGACCCUCAACCUCCAGGACAGAUGCUGCAAUCCCUCGCCCUCGAUGCCCCCCUCACCCUUACCCUCUACAACUGUAACAUCAGAUACAGCUCUGGCCAGUGCCACAGAGAGGAGACGCCACUGGGGAGCCAUUUUGGAGCCCCUAGGGCUCAAGUGUCUGUUAUUAUACUGCAGUAUGGCUGUCUGGGAAGUCUAGAUGCCCCUUAG